AUGAAGUUCCUGGUUGUAGCUCGUGUCAUGGCAAAGAGCCAAAAUCCCACCAUACCAGAAGCUUUGUGUCGCUGUUAUAGCGGAUUAUGGCAGAAAAAUCCACAAUAUCAGCCAAUAUUUACCAUUGAGGCAAGCCUAAAACCAACAUGUAUAUCUGCUAUAUUGCUGCAAUUGUGGAUAUUUGAUAACACUGCCUGGAACAUAAGAUAUGGCAAUCUCACCGCAAAAGUUAAAAAAUCUGAGCUACAUGCUUACAAAGAUGGUGCUAAGACUUGUAAAUGCUUAGCCCAAGAGCAGGAUCAACAAAAUAGAAGAUUGAAACCCGCUACGGGCCAGGAAGCCAGGAAGCUCUUCGCUUGUGCGACCCACUCCAAGCCAAAAAGCAGCCCUGGUCUCAAACCAAGACGUGAACUGCUACACCGUAGCGGCCAGCCACCGCUCCACACCACUCUCUUAGGAUAA